GUGAAACAUACCGCGCAUCUAUAGGGGGGGUUUGCUUAGGAGGCGGACCUAACGCGACCCCCACAGUUGAGAUUCAGAUGGUUUUACAAUGCCGACCAUUUCUCUGAAGCGCAUUCAAUAGCUGCUGGUCCACUGAGCGACGUUCCCAAUGUGCUUACAAACCCACGAUUGCACAUCUUUUAUCACGUUUCUUGAGAAAGGGGAAGAGAAAAGACGCACUGGGAAGAAGAUUCUGAACAUCACAUUUUAUUCCCACUCAUCAGUGGAAUUAUCUCAAAAGCUUCGUGACAAGAACAAUUGUUAAGCCUGUGAGACAGGAAGAGUCAGAAGAACGAGAUAUUCAAUACAUUGAGUGACAACAACAUUUCAUCUUCAAAAAUCACAAACAAGACAAAAGAGAGUCCAUUACACUUUGGAUGAUGGAUUCUUCUCAGUCAGAGAUGAACAUCUUAUCCAAUGGGAAAAGUCAUGACCUCGGAGAUGACUUGGGUGUGCCGAUGAAGACGUUUCCAGAGGAAGACCAAAAUGGCACUCAAACAGUCAGAUUUGAUGAUCCUGAGGGAGGACUGGAGAAUGAAGAAUUUCUGCCCACUGCAGAUGGAAAGAAACCUAUACACUUCACAGAUUUUGAAGGAAAGACCUCCUUUGGGAUGUCUGUCUUCAACCUGGGUAAUGCUAUUAUGGGCAGUGGAAUCCUGGGAUUGGCUUAUGCAAUGGCCAACACUGGCAUACUUCUAUUCUGGUUUCUUCUAACUGCAGUUGCAGCCUUGUCAUCUUACUCCAUUCAUCUGCUGCUCAAAUCCUCAGGCAUUGUGGGGAUUCGAGCUUAUGAACAGCUGGGGUACAGGGCCUUUGGUACACCAGGAAAAAUGGCUGCUGGUAUAGCAAUCACCCUGCAGAACAUUGGAGCUAUGUCCAGCUACCUGUACAUUGUCAAAUCGGAGUUACCGCUGGUAAUCCAAGCUUUCCUGAAGGCCGAACCCAACUCUGAUCUGUGGUACACGAAUGGAAACUACCUGGUCAUCAUGGUCUCUGCCAGUAUCAUCCUGCCCCUGGCUCUAAUGAAACAGCUCGGUUACCUCGGCUACACCAGUGGGUUUUCUCUCAGCUGCAUGGUGUUUUUUCUCAGCGCAGUUAUCUAUAAGAAGUUUCAGAUUCCCUGUCCAUUCGAGGAGUACUCUUCCAACAGUACUGCUGCCCUCCACAGUCUGAAUGUCUCCAGCCAUGGCCACGACGAGUACAACAACGGCCUAGUUCACGAGGAAGACGACUGCUACCCACGCUUGUUCACCAUCAACUCACAGACCGCAUAUACAAUUCCCAUCCUAGCCUUCGCCUUCGUCUGCCACCCUGAGGUGCUCCCCAUCUAUACCGAGCUGCGCAAUCCAACAAAGAAGAAGAUGCAGAAGGUGUCCAACCUCUCCAUCCUUGUCAUGUACACCAUGUACUUCCUGGCUGCUCUCUUUGGGUACCUGACAUUCAAAGGCAGGGUGGAGCCUGAGCUGCUGCACACUUACAGCAGGAUUGACCCUUACGACACUCUGAUCCUGUGUGUGCGAGUGGCCGUCCUCACAGCUGUAACACUGACCGUCCCCAUUGUGUUGUUCCCUGUACGUAGAGCUAUCCAGCAUAUGAUUUUCCCAACCAAGUCAUUCAACUGGCUGCGUCACAUCGCCAUCGCUCUCAUUCUGCUCACUUUCAUCAACAUGCUGGUGAUUUUCGCUCCCAACAUCCUGGGAAUCUUUGGCAUCAUUGGUGCCACAUCUGCUCCCUGCCUCAUCUUCAUCUUCCCCGCUGUCUUUUACAUCCGCAUCGUUCCCAAAGAGGACGAACCCAUGAACUCUACCCCGAAGAUACUGGCUGCGUGUUUUGCUGCUCUGGGCGUCUCCUUCAUGGUGAUGAGUCUGAGCUUCAUCAUCAUUGACUGGUCUUCAGGGUCCGGCAUGGCUGCCGGAGGCCACUAGAUGCUGCUACAGUGUGUGUGUGUGUGUGGGUGUGUGUGUGUGUGUACGAGUGAGAGAGAUAUGAAAGGGGGUGGGGGGGGGGGGGGUGUUGUAGAAUGUAGAAUAAUGCUUAUUGUAUAGGGAGCAUUAUCACCUGAGUGGUACACACUACAGGGCGUCUCAGCAUGGAAUGUUGGGAUUGCAUUUAUACUGUUCACGUUAAUUAACUUUUUGACUGGAUUGUAACACAUAUCCGAAACAAAAUCCUGUAAUACCAAUGUUCUAUAAUUGAAUUAUUAUAUGGCAAUGCAAUUAAGAUGAAUAAUCAGGACUGAACAGGGUCUUUUUUAAUUCCCUUCUACUGGAGCAACAACAGCCAUCCAUGAUGGUGAAACAGUCCUGUUGCUCUUUAUUUACACACACAAACAGCUGCAGCUGGAACUGUACAGAAGAAAAAGGCAUGAUUGUCUUUUACAGGAAGGCAUCAACAUGAAUAUGGAUACAAAGGUAAAAUAACUUGAGUUAUUUUUACACACAUAGUAUUUUUCAUAAGACGCACAAAUAGUACAGUCAGAUGAUUACAUUUCUAUCCAGCAGCCUCUAAAAUGUUCAUCAUAUCAGACUUUAGAGUACAGGUGACAUUUAACCUUGUGGUCUAUCCACUGCCUGAGUAGUUAUGAAGUUGUAUUCUACAGAGGAAGCAUUUGUUUUGCUGAUCUGCUAGUUCACUUCAGAAACCCUGGUGCCUUUCAGCAUUUGGAACAGCACACAAACAUACAAUAAAAGGGAGGAGUGUAUAUUUAUUUAGCUACUAUAUCUGUGUUUUUAAUUCAAAUGAGCUUUAUUUAACUGUGUUAUCUGAGGAAGUAAAUGAUCUUAGCAUGUCGAGUUUGAUAUCAGUUUUUAGUUUCACUUACAGCACACAGGAAGGAAAGUUUAUAAUAAUAUUUGUAGUGCUUGAUAAAAUAAAUUGUAAUUUUAGCACAUGUAUGCCACACUGUGACUGUGAAUAUUAACCAUGUGCAGAUUAAUAUGACCAAGACCAUUUCCCUUUGAGCCUAGCUAAAUAAUCUCUUAAAUACUUGAUUACCUCUUUAAAGUAUCAAAACACAACAUUGAACAAAUUAAGAAAUCACGUUUCCCCACACUGUAUGAUAGAAUGUAAUACUACAUCUUUAUAUUUAAACUAUGCUCUUCAAGUCUACUCUUGUACAACAUUUUGGAAAACUACCACAUCCACUUUUUAACCCAGAGUUAGUGGAGAAGAUUGAGACCACACUCAUAUAUGUUAUCUUCAACUACAGUCAGCAGGCAGUUAGCGUAGCUUAGCAUAAAGACUGGGAGCAGGGCGAAACUGCUAGCUACACUCUGUAUAGUU